CCGCCCCGAGCCCCGGCGCCUCGGCGCGGCAGCGGCCGCUGCUGCUGAACCUGUGCCGCCCGCACGGCUCCUCCCGCCCGCCGCCGAGCAUCCCGUCCUCCCGGCGCGGCGCGGCGCGGCUCGGGGGUCCGCGCCCCCCCCUUGGGUUGUGGCUUUUUUUGCCCUCCGUGAGGCAUUCAGAGCGCGGCCGCAGGCUUCCCCCUCGUGCGGGAGGGAGGUGUUUUCCCGGCCCGAAGUGCAAAGCAAAGUCAGUGGGAUUCCCCUCCUUCCCCCUCGCCCCCCCCCCCCCCCCCCCCCCUUUUUUUGGGUGCAUCCACGCGCUCCCUCAGGCAUGAUGCUCAAGAUGCUGCCGUUUAAGCUGCUGCUGGUGGCCGUGGUGCUGUGCUUCUUCGAGGGGGAUGCCAAGUUCGGGGAGAGCGGCGCCCGCAGGAGAAGGUGCCUCAACGGGACCCCGCCGCGGCGGCUGAAGAAGCGCGACCGGCGGCUGCUGGCCCCGGAGGCGCCGGGCGGCGGGGAGGCGAUGUGCCGCGGCCUCUACCCGCGCCUCUCCUGCUGCCCCCGCGCUGACACGCAGGGGCUGCUGCACGCCGACACCAAGAUACUUUCUGUUACGAACAACACAGAAUGUGCGAAGCUACUGGAGGAAAUCAAAUGUGCACACUGCUCACCUCAUGCCCAGAAUCUAUUCCACUCACCUGAGAAAGGGGAAACAUCUGAAAGAGAGCUAACUCUUCCCUACCUGUGCAAAGACUAUUGUAAAGAAUUCUAUUAUACUUGCAGAGGUCACAUACCAGGUUUUCUCCAAACUACAGCUGAUGAGUUUUGCUUUUACUAUGCAAGAAAAGAUGGUGGUGUAUGCUUUCCAGAUUUUCCAAGAAAACAAGUGCGAGGGCCAGCUUCUAACUCCUUGGACCACAUGGAAGAAUAUGACAAAGAGGAAGAGAUCAGCAGAAAACACAAGCACAACUGCUUCUGUAUUCAGGAGGUUGUGAGUGGACUAAGGCAGCCUGUUGGAGCAGUACAUUGUGGGGAUGGAUCUCAUCGCCUCUUUAUACUUGAAAAAGAAGGAUAUGUGAAGAUUUUCAGUCCUGAAGGAGACAUAAUCAAGGAACCUUUUUUGGAUAUACACAAGCUUGUUCAAAGUGGAAUAAAGGGAGGAGAUGAAAGAGGACGGUUAAGCCUUGCAUUCCAUCAUUACAAGAAAAAUGGAAAGCUGUAUGUGUCUUAUACCACCAACCAAGAACGGUGGGCUAUUGGACCUCAUGAUCACAUCCUUAGGGUCGUAGAAUACACAGUAUCCAGGAAAAACCCACACCAAGUUGAUAUGAGAACAGCAAGAGUGUUAGAAGUAGCAGAGCUACAUCGAAAACACCUAGGAGGACAGCUUCUGUUUGGCCCAGAUGGCUUCCUAUAUUUUCUUGGAGAUGGCAUGAUUACUCUAGAUGAUAUGGAAGAGAUGGAUGGCUUAAGUGAUUUUACAGGUUCUGUACUACGCCUCGACGUAAAUACUGACCUGUGCAGUGUCCCUUAUUCCAUACCGCGGAGCAACCCACAUUUUAAUAGCACAAACCAACCUCCUGAAAUUUUUGCACAUGGGCUCCACAAUCCAGGCCGCUGUGCUGUGGAUCGCCACCCAACAGAUAUAAACAUCAAUUUAACAAUACUUUGCUCAGAUUCAAAUGGAAAGAACAGAUCUUCAGCAAGAAUCUUACAGAUAAUAAAGGGUAAAGACUAUGAAAGUGAGCCUUCGCUUCUAGAAUUCAAACCAUUCAGCAGUGGAGCCUUGGUUGGUGGAUUUGUCUAUCGAGGUUGCCAGUCUGAAAGACUCUAUGGAAGUUAUGUGUUUGGAGACCGUAAUGGGUAGAAAUUUUUAACACUGCAACAGAAUCCUGCAACUAAACAGUGGCAAGAGAAACCCCUCUGUCUUGGCAACAGCGGUUCAUGUAGAGGUUUCUUUUCAGGCCCUGUCUUGGGAUUUGGCGAAGAUGAAUUAGGUGAGAUUUACAUAUUAUCAAGCAGUAAAAGUAUGACACAGUCUCACAAUGGCAAGCUCUACAAGAUCAUUGACCCAAAAAGGCCUUUAGUCCCUGAAGAAUGCAAAAGAACAGCUCAGUCUGCACAGACACUGACAUCUGAAUGCUCAAGGCACUGUCGGAAUGGGCACUGCACUCCCACAGGAAAAUGCUGCUGUAAUCAAGGCUGGGAAGGAGAGUUCUGCAGAGCUGCAAAGUGUGACCCAGCAUGUCGACAUGGAGGUGUCUGUGUAAGGCCUAAAUGCUUAUGUAAAAAAGGCUAUCUCGGCCCCCAGUGUGAACAAGUGGAUAGAAACAUCCGAAGAGUGACAAGGGCAGGUAUUCUUGAUCAGAUCCUAGACAUGACAUCCUAUUUGCUGGACCUAACCAGCUAUAUUGUAUAGUUUCUGGGACUAUUUGGAAACUACACUUUCAACGGGCAUUUGUUUUGAAUCCUGUCAUUUUUAAAAGACGGUUGGUUAUCCUGCAACAAAUAACGGUGAUUUGAUUUACUUUAUUAAUUUAAAUAUAGUAUCCAGAAAUGUGCCAAUAAAUUUGUUGUAUGUGUGUAAAUAUUCCUGUAUGUCCCCACGGAUGUACAGAUACCCAAUACAUGCACACAUAUACGGGCGGGCACUAUCAUAAAUACGGUUUCACAGGUAGUGGAAUUUUUUUUUUAUAUAUUUCUUCAUGAGAAAUAGUUUACAAAGCAAUUCCACUGCAAACCACAAUUUCGUCAAAGGACUUUCCUGAUGUCAUUUUGGAUUCACUGACAUCCCAGAAACCUUGUGUCUGCAACUGCCUGAUUAUAGCAAUAAGAGAGCAGUUUUGAACCAUCGCUGUAUAAACUGCUGGACUUAAUGAAAUCCAGUUGUAACAGUUUUUAAGGCGAAAUGAUCUACGUUAUGAGAGAAUAUUUCAGAUCUCCUUAAUGCAUUCCUAUCUAGGCAAUUCAUUGUAAGACUGUAACCUUCACCUUCAUCAAUGUAACUCUAUUACAGAAUGUUACGCAUUUCUUUAUCUAGCAUAGAUGCAAAAAUCUGGUUAUCGCAGCUUAAUAUCAAGAUUGUUUCGAGUGUUUAAUAAAUUAUACUCGCAUAUUUCAAAACCAGUCAUCCUAGAAGGUCUGCUUUUUAUCAUAUAUUUUAUUUAACAAUGGGCACUGGGUUCAUGUUACAUAUUUAUAUUAUUUUAUUUUAUUUUAUUUUUAUAAUAUAGACAUCACCUAGAUGAGACAGCUUUGCCAUGUCCUGUAUAAUACUAAAGUUACAUUUUUCACCAACUUAAUUGGAAAGACGGGAAAGAGAGCAAACACACUCUUUAUUGUGUUGUGGAUCUAAUCUAGAAAUGUAUCCUUGUGUCAACUUGUAUUCAUUUACGACGGAUGAAAAAACAACCACCAACCAAUCCUAAUAAAAUUCCAGCAUAUGUUAGAAGCGUUCAUAAAGUGAUUUUCACUAUAACAGGACGGGCCAGAUUAUACAUGAUUAGACUGCUACAGAUUUCACACUGAAUGGAACUUCACUGGACAAAAGCUCACAUUAGCACGUGUUGGCUGUGUAAGAUGUCACUUGUACAAAACGUAUAACAAUUAUUGCCAAAUAUGGUUUUAAAUGUAAAUGUUCCUUGAAGAGCUAACAUAAAAUUGAAUUUUUGUAAAUGUAUCAAUAAAUAUGGUGUACAUGCUCUA